AUAGCGGGCUCGUUUUCAAGAUGGCGGCCAGUCAAGCGGAUGGUAACACAGCAGCAAGUACAAAUGAAAGCAGUAAACCCGCUGCUAAAAGUACUCCUAAAGAUGCUCUGGUUAUGGGAGCGAUAUUAAGAGAGAUGGGGAUAAGCGACUACGAACCAAGAGUCGUCAAUCAGAUGCUAGAAUUUACAUAUCGAUAUGUUACAAUGGUUUUGGAUGAUGCCAAAGCAUAUUCUAGUCAUGCAGGCAAGAAAGACAUAGAUACGGAUGAUGUUCAGCUUGCUAUUCAAUCCCGCCUUGACCAUUCAUACACCAGUCCACCCCCAAGAGAUUUUCUCAUAGAAAUUGCCAGACAAAAGAAUAGGAUUCCAUUACCUCAAUUUCAGCCCAAAAGUGGUUUAAGAUUGCCACCAGAUCGAUAUUGUCUCACAGGAAAAAACUACAAAGUCAGAGCACAAAAGAAGCCUCCUAUGCGUCCAUCUCCUGCCAUCAGCAGAACAAAUUCUAUUUCUUCCUCUUCCACAAGCAGUAUUGUAAAACCAUCAACUGUUGUUCAAGUGGUUCGACCUCAGUCUUCAGCUGUACCUAUAUCAACAACAGCAGCCAGGUCUAUAGCUUCAACACCUCAAUUGUUAGUAACAAAUAUUAGUACUAGCAGCAGUUUGCAAAGCCCUCAAGUUAAGCCAGAACCAAGCAUCACCACAGCUGCAAGACCCACCCCAACAGGAAGUGUUCCAACUUCUAUUAAGGUUAUAAAAAGUGAAGCAGCUGUUCCAGCUUUAAUAAAGAGCAGCACAAGUACACCCACUACCAUCAAGAUAAGUACACCAACCACCACUAAGCCAGGGAAUCAAUCUGGCACUAAUCCAGCAUCCAUUAUGACUGUGUCUGCUUUGCCAAGCAUGGAUGAGACAGUUGCAAGUGCACAACAACCUUUGAUUACUCCACAGAAAAGAAAACAUGAUGAUGCUGAUGAUGACUAUGAUGUAUAGAUGUUUCUAGAUUGUCAUAGUGGUUUGGUCAGGUUAUCCAAUGGAGGUGCAAGAUUUAGGACUAAUUGUAUUGUAUGUUUGACAUUUUUCAUAGUCGAGACAAAGAGAGACAAGUUAAUAACCCCCUGUUUGAUUGCAUGUAAUGCAUAAGCAUGGCUGAUUUAAUAAUGUAUUAGAGUUCAAUCUGAGAUAUUUUACAUGUAUAGUCAUGUUCUAUGGCUUGAGAUCUUUGAUUCAAAGUGCAACUAGAAAUAUUUGGCUGUAUGAGACACCUUGUAACAACUUGUUUAUCAAUGAGAAAAGUAAACACUACGUCUUAUUCAGAAA